GCUAUCAACGAGGUGGCUUUGGGCAGCUCCAACGUCGUGGUCCUGCCUCUAGACAUGACAGACCCCAAUAGCAUCAAAGCCGUGGUCGGGAAGGUGCAGGAGGUGGUGGGAAGCGCCGGCCUCAACCUCCUGAUCAACAACGCCGGCACCACGCGGCGCAGCACCCUGGCCACCGAGACAGCAGAGAACAUGGCCAUGGUCUACUCCACCAACACCAUUGGGCCCCUGCAGACCAGCCAGGCGUUCCUGCCCCUGCUGAAGGAGGCGGCCGAGGCUGAAAGGCAACGUGAGAUGAGCUGCAGCAAAGCUGGCAUCAUCAACAUCUCCAGCAUCUUGGGCUCCAUCGAGGUGGCAGAGGCUUGGGAGGAGAGGCAGGACGUCUGCUACCGCUGCAGCAAGGCUGCUCUGAACAUGCUCACCAAGUGCCUGGCGCUGGAGUACGGAGGCAGUGGGAUCCUCUGCGUGUCCGUGGACCCCGGCCGUGUGACACCUCCCUUGGAACGGGGGACGGGCCCGGUGACGGUGGAGGAGAGCGUGCGGGGCGUCCUGCGGCUGCUGGGCCGGCUCUCGGCCACCAGCAAUGGCACAAUGGCCCCUUCUGGGCCUGGAGAGGGCAGAGCCUGCCCGGGUAAAGUUGGAGGCUCCCGGGACCCGGCUGGGAGCUGA